AACAGACCUAGGUUUCCGCUCUUGGCGCCGGAAUCUGCCACUGCACGAAUGCCGCCAUCACAAGCACAUCCUAGUAGAGAAACAAGCUUCUCCCCACCUACCCUCCUCCUCCAGCUCCUCCUUCUUUUCCCGUCCCUGCUGCCCAUCACGGCUUUCCUUACCAGCCCCCUGUAUAAGUCCUAUUCUUUUCCACCCAUUCCGUCCGUGGGCGCGUCUCCGAUAUCGUAUACGCGUCAGCCCAGCCGCCUCAUCCUCUCAUCCUGGGUCGAUACCAAGGUAGAGAUCGAGGUGCCAGCCACGCCCGAGGCGUGUUAUGCGCUGUACUCUCAGCUCGAAGAGCACCCUCGUUGGAGCCCAUGGCUCAGGUCUGUGCAGUUUCUCGACAAGGUGGAACGGAUUUCGGAAUGGACGUUGGAGUCCCGUGGCUUCACUGUGGCGUGGAAGGCGCAAAAUACGAUCGAGGAACCCGGGCGGCGCAUCUCCUGGGAGAGCAGGACGGGUUUGCCUAACCGGGGCCUGGUGACAUUUGAGGAGCGGCGGCCCGGGAUGACGAGCAUGGCCUUGACCAUCUCAUACAGUGUGCCCAAGCCCAUCGCCAAGCUCGGGGACGUGGGUCUGGUGAAGAGGUACAUCGAGAGCACGCUCCAGAGCGACCUGACGAGAUAUAGGCAGGUGUUGAUGAAGGAGAUACGCGAGAAGAGGAUAGAGGCGAGCGGGGGGCUCGACGAGUAAGACAGGGUAAGGUUGGGGGACGAAGGGAGGGAGGAAGGAAGGGCCGGGGGAGGGCUUGGUGAAAGCCUUGCCCGUGGCCCUCGGACUCAGCAGCAUGAGGCGCCCGGGAGGGAAGAAGCCGAGUCAAAAGGGAGCAAAUUGUGUCACAAAAGUUUCGGUGGCGCUUUGGCGUCUACGCGUUCGUGGUGGGCAAGGAACGGCAGAGGAGCAGGAGCGAUGGAGGGGAAGGGUAAAGAGAGAGGGCAAUGAAGGCGAUUGAGACAGCUACAGUCACAGCGCGCGCGUCGUUUUCUCUUGGAGGAGCGUGUUCAAAGCACCUGGACAUGUCUAGGAAUGAGGAGCUGGGAGGGAGGCUGGGAAGGACGAGGG